AAUGCCUGGUGUCCGGCCUGCGCUAUCUCUGCUACCUCAACUUGGAUGCAUUCUGCUGCUGGAAGGGCGUGUCUGAAUCCAUGCCGUGCAGCUUUUUUUGUUGCAGUGUUUGCGCUAGCUGUGCUGUGUGACAUCGCCUCCGCGUUCUUCAGUCCUCCCGUGCGACUGCUGACGACGACAAACAUCAUGAGCAGCAGCAGCAGCAGCAGCAGCAGUAGCAGCAGUGCGGUAUCCGCCGAGAGUGGAGCUACGAAACAGCUCCCUUCCUUGCCAGCCACCGUCAAGGGCAUCCUGUUCGACAUGGAUGGGACUUUGACUGACAGCGACACGCUUCACUUCGAGGCGUACCGAGAAACGUUCCUCAAGCUGACACCGAGUUUCAACGGAGGAGAACGAAUAUCCAGGGAGUACUACGACGACUGGAUGUCCGGCAACAGCAACCCCGCGAUAGUCGAAAAGCUCUUCCCGGAGAUGUUGGCAGAGGACCAGACCGCGCUUUGGAAGGCGAAGGAGGAGGUGUACCGGAAGAUUUCCACCACGAUGACCCUUUUGCCCGGUCUGCUUGAGUUCCUGGACGGCUGCCAAUCCGAGGGGCUGGCCAUGAUCCUAGUGACCAACGCCCCUAGACUGGACGCCGUGCACACGCUGAACAUCCUUGGCCUCUCCGACAGGUUUGAGGAGACGAUGGUCAUCGGCUACGAGUGCCCGCGGGCGAAGCCCCACCCGGACCCUUACCUAGAAGGGCUGUCGAGGCUAGACCUCCCCGCGGACGCGUGCGUCGCCUUCGAAGACAGCGUCAACGGCGUGUCUUCCGCCGUUUCGGCGGGGCUCUACACCUUCGGCGUCGGGGAAGGCUCGCAGGAAAGGCUGAAGGGGGUCAUCGGCGGCGGGAUUUGCGUCUCGGAUUACUUGGAUAGCCGGCUUCACGCAGCGCUCGGCGUUGCCCCGCGGGAUACAGAAUAAGUAGGAUUUUGUGUGGAGACCGCCACUUUGCCGGGGACGCACUCGCGAUGGUUUAAUUUUUUUUUGUGUAAUUUCUCGCCGGGGGCUGCUUUUGACAGCGCCCCGACACCACACACAUGCAUGAGGUUUCAUAUUUAUAUCGGAUAGACAGUCGGCUUCCGACACGAUGGCUUGGGUACGGUAUGGCUUGGGUACGGUAUGUGUUUGACCGUAUAUGGCAGGUGGAACCUACGGGCCCUAUUCUGAGAAGAGACCUAUUCUCUGACCAAGAGACUCAAGGUUGCCUACCAAGGGUAGAGUUUGCUGCCCAAAUAUUUCAAAGGAUUGCUGAGUUGUUGAGUUGUACAGGGUCGUCAUGGUUAAAACUAAAUUUUGAGUGGGAUGUGCUUUUCAACGGGAAUUCUGUACCAUUUUUCUAACGAAUGGAAUGUGACCAAUUUCUUU